AUGUUGGGUGCACCGGGAAUAAACGGAAAGAGAGUUACAGUCUUAUCAAAAGAUGGAUUGACUGAUUUCAUGCGGUCCAUCAUUUUUAGCAAAGAAACCAAAGAACCCUUUUACAUACUUGAUUUAAGUGCAGUCACUACUCUCAUGCAUAGGUGGACUCGAGCCCUCCCUACGGUUCAACCACACUAUGCCGUCAAAUGCAACCUGAACCUGAAUUUCCUUGGUGCCAUGGCUGCUCUUGGGUCAAAUUUUGAUUGUGCAAGUCAAGCCGAGAUUGAGUCUAUUUUGUCACAAGGAGUUUCUCCAGAUCGGAUCAUAUUUGCGAACCCUUGUAAAGCUGAGUCUCACAUCAAGUACGCGGAGAGUGUUGGCCUUGCCAAGCUCGGCGUCGACAUAAUCGAGGCCGGCUUCCCCGCCGCCUCCAACGACGAUUUCGAGGCCGUGAAGACCAUUGCCAAGGAGGUUGGCAAUGUUGUCGAUGCUGAUGGGUACCUUCCGGUCAUCUAUGGCCUCUCUCUGUGA